AUUUCUCGAGGAUAAUUCAAGACGCAUUUUAGAGUUUCCCUCCUUCAAAAUUUUCAAACUGGAUUUAUUUGGCGCCAUGGCGGGCGGGAUUUUUUACUAAACUGGAAGUCCAAGACUCUCUCUCUGUGAAAAUUAGUGAGAUGAGGUCGAAAAGGAAACAGCUCACUAUUCGUCAGUUCGGUCAACGAUCUCUUACUUCUCUGUUCCCCUCCAUUGAACCCAGCUCAAAAGUUUCAAAAGUGAAUCCAGAAAGUUCUGGUUCAUUAAUAUCGCUUUCUGAUUUCCUUGAUCGAAAAUUGGACAGAAGCAGCACAGAUAGUGGAGAUAAGGGAAUUUCUAGUGUUUUGUCUCCAAUAGGUGGGGAGAGGACUGAGCUUGAUCAUGAAGGAGAAGUAAUGAGGCCUGGACUAUCACCGAAGAAUGGUUUUCUUGAUGAAGCUGUGUUUCGGUUGUUCAAGACUAAGGAGGAGGCACCCGUAGAUGUUUCAAAACCUCACUGUUCCUCUACUUUGGUUAUUCUUGGUGAUGAUCCAAAACCAAAACGAAAGGGAUGCUUGAAUAGGACUAUGAAUAAGAGAACAAGAACAUUCUACAAUCACUAUGCAAGUGGGAGUGGAUGGUGGGACAGUGACAUGGAGGGGCUUGACAGUGAAGAAGUUGGUUGUAAGGAAGUAUGGGAAGGCAUGGGGUCCACCACCUUGGGAGGACUGGAGUGGCACUGAGUGAAUGAAUGAUUCUAUGAAAAUUUCAGUUAAACAAGUUUCAACAGUGUUUGAGCUUUCAAUGAUGAUGCAAAACCUGAAUUCAUGUUUUUAGUUACCAUUGUUGUAUCUUGUAUUCCAACGUCAUAUCUAUGGACUUUUUUUGUGGAAAGAAAUGGGAUGAAGGUUUUAUUUAGUCUUGUAGAGUCAGUAUAUAAUUUGGGUAGGUAUGAGGUCCUUUUUCUUCCCCUUACCUAGUUAGCAAAUGUUUCCUUGAGACCACCAAUUGAACGUGGUUCAUUAGAUUGUUCUUAGUUUGUUGAAUUAAGUUGGAUGUAAUGGAUGUAUGUAUGGCAGUUUAUUUAUUAUAUAAA